AUGCUGUCUGCUACGAGCCGCUUCGCUGCCCGCGCGCUACACACGUCUUCGCGUCUGUCGGCUGCCGCCACCGACCAGGCCGCUGCCACGGCCACUAAGGUGACGCUGAACCUCACCACUCCGUACCAGGCCUUCUACAAGGGCGCUGAAGUGGACCUCGUGCAGAUCCCCGGCGUUAUCGGAGAGUACGGUGUGACUGCGGGUCACACGCCCGUGUUGGCGCAGCUCAAGCCCGGCGUCAUCCAGGUGCACGUCGAGCGCGAGAAGGAUGUGCAGAGCUUCUUCACGGCUGGCGGUUUCGCUUUGACCCACGCCAACUCGGUCACGGACAUCGCGUGCGUGGAGCUUGUUAAGGUUGAAGACAUUGAUCCGGAGGCGGCCCAGGCCGGAUUAACCAAAUACCAGUCGCAGCUGGCGUCGGCCCCCGAGGGCUCCGAGGAGAAGCUCAACGCCCAGAUCGGCGUGGACACCCACGCGGCUAUGGUCGCCGCAGUCACCAGCAGCAACUAG